AGAUGAAGUUGCUGUUCGUUGUUUCUGCUGUUCUGGCUGUAGCCAGCUGUGCCAGCAUCUCUCUGGAAGAUCUGGAGUUUCGUGCCUGGAAACUCAAGUUUGAAAAGUCAUAUGACUCUGAGUCAGAGGAGGCUCACCGGAAGCAGAUCUGGCUCAACAACCGCAAACAUGUGCUAGUACACAACAUCUUGGCAGACCAGGGUUUGAAAUCCUACCACCUUGGGAUGACCCACUUUGCUGACAUGGAAAAUGAGGAAUACAAGCAUCUGAUUUCCCAGGGCUGCCUUGGUUCCCUCAAUGCUUCCCUGCCUCACAAUGGUUCUUCGUUUCUCCGGCUACCUGAAGAUAUUGAUCUGCCCGACACUGUUGACUGGAGAGAAAAGGGAUAUGUCACUGAUGUCAAGGAUCAGAAGAAGUGUGGCUCCUGCUGGGCUUUCAGUGCAACUGGUGCACUGGAGGGUCAGAACUUCAGGAAGACAAGAAAAUUGGUGUCUCUGAGUGAACAGCAGUUGGUGGACUGCUCUCGCAGCUUUGGGAACCACGGCUGCCAAGGAGGCUUUUCAUACCAGGCUUUUCACUACAUUAUAUACAAUGGAGGAAUUGACACUGAGGCGUCCUACCCUUAUGAAGCUAAGGAUGGACUAUGCCGUUACAACCCCAGUGCUAUUGGUGCCAAAUGCACUAGCUAUGUUCAUGUGAGUAACUCUGAUGAAGCUGCACUGAAGUCUGCUGUGGCUACCUUUGGACCGAUAUCUGUGUCCAUUGAUGCUUCUCAUCAAUCGUUUCAACUCUACCAUUCAGGAUUGUAUGAUGAGCCGGCCUGCAGCAGCACACGUUUGGGCCAUGCUGUGCUGGUUGUAGGUUAUGGUACUUUGACUGGGCAUGACUACUGGCUGGUCAAGAACAGCUGGGGACUUGGAUGGGGAGAGAUGGGAUACAUUAAGAUGAGCAGGAACAAGUACAACCAGUGUGGGAUUGCCACUCGAGGAAUCUGCCCUCUGGUCUAAUGAGGUGGGAGUAAACUCAUCCUCAUUUUGUCCUUAUUUGACAAACAAUUACUUAAAAUACCAUUUAAGCAUAUGUCAUUUCUGAUAUUCAAACAGUAUGUUUUUACAGUACACUACAGCUUACUAUAGGAUCGUGGUUAUGGGUAUUAGUUUUUUAGUUUUAUCUAAAUUAACUGAGUUAUAAGACAGUAUCUUUUUUAUGGUGUCAACCAGUCUCUCUUUUCCCAAAACUGCAAUUUCACAUUGAGAUAUAAACAUUUACAUUUGUGUUUUUACUGUAGUGGUGGGUAUGACUUAAUAACCAUCUUGUGAUGUUACCAUUAGAAAUAUUGAUCUGUUGAUCAAUCAGCUUUAUUCAGAAAGAGAUCCUCAGCCCUUGUGGGAUGCAUUUCUAUCCAGUUUUCUGCAGAUUUUUGUGUUUAAUCCAGAAUAAAGCAGAUUAACUGAAUAUCUCCUGGCUUUUUCUGUAGAGUUGUCAGUGACAGUUUUGUUUCAUUUAGAAAUGUUUAAAUACUUCUUCCUUAUCAGGUGUGUGAGUGGGUGGAUUUACUAUGUUAACAAUAUUAAAUCAUUGGUAAAAUGUAUCAGUCAAAUCAAAUUAUGUACUGCUGAUACAUUUCUCUAAAAUCCAUGUGGGUUUUCAAUAUUUAUUUGGUAUUUCAUGAAUUCUGAUUGAGUUCCCAUUGGCUCAACUUUGAGAGUCACCAAUAUGUAUAAACAGC